GCGCCGGGACAGCGGCGCUUCCCGCGGGACGUGGAGCGGGGCCCUCCCCCUGCGCCCUCUGCUGGGAGGAGUGACUCACAGAGUGACAGGCUCAAUUAGAUUGGAAAAACCACCUAAGACCGAGCACCACCAUGUCGACUCGACUGUGGCAUUAUGUGCCUCGUCCCGUCGUUUCUUCAACACCUCCAGGGAUGGUGACUCUGCAACCACCACCCUGGCCAGUUCAUUCCAAUGUUUAAUCACCCUUUCUGAAUUGAAGAAUUCCUCCUCAUAUCCAACCUGAACUUCCCCUGAUACAGCUUGAGGCUAUGUCCUCUUGUUCUGUCACUGGUUGCCUAGGAGAAGAGACCAACCCCCACCAGGCUACAACCUCCUUUCAGGAAGUGUAAAGAGUGAUAAGGUCACCCCUGAGCCUCCUCUUUUCCAGGCUAAACAACCCCAGCUCCCACAGCCUCUCCUCAUAGGACUUGUGCCCCAGACUUGUUGCAGCCUGGAGGCCUGCAGGCUUCAGGGUUAAGGCCUGGCCCAGCCAUGUCCCACUCUGCCUCCCAGCAUUGCUUCAUGCCCCUGGGAUCCACCUGCAAGCUGAGCCUAGCCAUGUCCACUUUACAUUCCAGUGCCUCCUUUUCCCUCUGGGACUUGCCUUUGGUCCUUUGGCCCUCCUGGAGUCCUGGAAUGUCCUUUGGCCAAGCACAGGUUUGCUGGCCCUUGAGCAAAUGCCACUUGAGGCUUGUGGGGCCUGGAGCUUGCCUCAGGAGAAGAGAAGUGACAGGGGCAUGGGAGGCAGGAGUAGGUUUUAUUCUCAUAUGGGCCCUUCACUUAAGAGUUGGACUCAAUGAUCCUUGUGGGUCCCUUUCCACUCAGAAUAUUCUGAUUCUGUGACCCUGAUUCUGACUCUGAAGGCUGAUGGGAGGUCCGAGGGAAAGGAAAAUCCUGAUAAAUGCAACUUUUUAAAAGCUAGUGAGUGUCAUUUAUUUUCUUUAUUUCCCUUUGGGUUCACUCACCAAAAGAAAAGCUAGGAGUUUCGCUUCAAAAAGGUGAAAGUAUGAUGGAUGCAGGAGCUGGGGAUUUAAAACAUCUGACAUGAGUCAUAUAAUCAUUGAAUGUUAAGGUUGAAAGGAACCUUAAAAAUCAUCUAGUUCCAACUCCCCUGCCAGGGGCAGGGACACCUUUUACCAGACCAGGUUUCUCAAAGCCCCAUCCAACCUGGCCUUGAACACUUCCAGGGAUAGGGUAUCCAGCAACCUCCCUGGGCAGCCUGUUCCAGUUUCUUACAACCCUCAUAGCAGAGAAUGUCUUUCUAACAUCUAGCCUAAAUUUUCUCUCUUUCAGUUUGUACCCAUUACUCCUUGUCCUGUCACUACAAGUGGCUGGUUGCACUAAGUACAAGCGCUGCCACCACUGGAAAGGACAAGCUUUGGCUGGGGAGGUCUGCGAGGAUUGAAUCAGUCAUCCUUCCCAGGCAUUUUAUAUUUUGUGUCUUGGUGCAAAGAACAUGUUUAAUCUGAACAUUAUAGUAAGAAAAAAAACAGAGGUUUUGUGAAUUUCCCAACACAGAAAUGAAAACAAUCUCUAAGCAUCCAUACCUCUUUUUCCUUAGCUACUCACCUGCCUGCAUAGCUCAUGCACUGUGCUUUCUUCUCCUGCCACCUGCCCCAGUACCUGAGCACUGUAUUUGGAGAUGUGCAAUUCCAGAGUAGCAACUCAGAUUCUCAUCUCCUGUAAAGACCCAUCACAGAGUCAAAUUGCAAUCUCACAUUUCAUGAAUUCCUGUCAUACAUGGUGGAGUACACUGUACUGCAAUAAGUGCUUCUCCUGUUCAUAUGGAAAGCACAUUACAUUUCUCAGCCCACUUAGCCAUGUUAGGAUUGAAGAGCAUUGCUCCCUUUACUCCAUACUGAACAACUCGCAAACUUUGGAAACAAAUAUAAACUUGGCUUUGUAUUGUCUGAUUUUUUUUUCCUACAAGAAGUGUCUCUAACAGUAGAUUUAAUCAGAAGAUUGGUAAUACUUCCCUUCUUUUUUUUAAUGUAAGUUCCAACAUACAAAAGGGAAAUACCAGAUUCACUUAGAGAUGCAGCUUAAACAUCUGCAAGAUGAGACUGCCAGCUUUCUGUACACCAGCUGAAGGCCUUUACCAUUAUUCCUACCCUCAUGUUUUGACUCUCCUCCCACACACUGACUGGAAAAGGUCCCCUGCGUCACUGCUAAAUAAGCCUCAGGUGGGAGGGGGAGUGGACAAGCAGCAGCUGCCUGCCAUAAAGAGGUGUUUAAAGAAAAAUGAAUACUGCCUCAACUUCAGAAAGUGGAUCAUAUUCCACAAGCCACUCAAGACCCUUUUUUUAUGCUCAGCCAUCAGCACAACAGCCUUAUCCAAAUCCAUGGUACCUCAGCCAUGGAUACAGUCCAUAUUAUGUACCUGCUCCAGGCUUCCGAAGUGGAAAUCCAUAUGUGCCGUUUUAUUCUGUUGCGCUCCAUGAGUACCCUGGAUUUUUUGUUCCACAGCAUCCAAUGCAUGCAAGAAUUAACAGAAGGCCUUAUUUUAAUGCUGCCCUACCUUCCCCUAUGUUUUAUCAUGCAACAAGAUUUAGACACUAUAAUACCCCUGGGAAAAAAACGGAGACAAAAGAAACACAGACUGAUCCUAGACAGCCUGAAAGCAAGCAAAAAAAGCAUCAAGAUAUCCGUACAGAAACGAAAGGUUGUGAUGCAGGAAAUAUGGCCUGUGUUUCUUCUGGUAUAGGUACAGAGACUGAGAGUACCUCAGAGAAACAAGAUUCAUCUGGAUCUUCCAUUGUGGUAGACAGAGAGUUUCAUAACAAGGACCCUGCCAGCUCUACACAGUAUAGAAAUCUUCCUACUGGAAGCUAUGCCUUUGAGAAGGAAGAAGUGAGGAUAGAAUAUGGAAAUGGCUCUCCAGCUAUUCAACUGUGGAAGUCCUUUAAAGAAACUAUCCCUUUGUAUGAUGUGGCAAGUGGUAAAUCAGUUCCAGAGAACAUAGUGCCAUGUGACUUAUUUUCUGUUAGCUCAUGUGAAGGCAUGAUAUAUGGCCCUCAUGAAAGGAGGCAAAUGGUGCCAGGAGCUUCCUUAGAUGAGAGACAAGCUGUUGUCCCCACAAAACAGGGUGCUGAAGCUGUGCAAGAAAAAGAUGUCCAAAAUAACGAAGUGCAGCUGGAUGCAGAAAAGCUAGCAAAUACAAGUCAACAGGUAAAAUCCCCCCCAGGUGAAACCAUGGCAGUACAAAUCACAGAGCUGGCAAGAUCUGUUGGCAUAGAUAGACCAGUGGUAAGACAGGAUGUGGUAAUAGCUAAGAAAUCUAGCACUAAAAAAUCUGCAGGCUCUAUUCAACAAGCAGGACUACUUCCAGCUAAUAUGGAGGUAAUGAGUGACUUGAGUUUUCAGCAGAAAAAGCUGAGUUUAAGCCACAGAGCAAUCAAUGAAAGCCAGACAGGUAAAAGUAUUUGGUGUGACAAAUCAAUUGAGAAGGAUGCUACAAACUAUGACAUUUGUUUGCCACAAAGGAAGUGUCAAAGUGUAAUCAGUCCUUCUUCUGAUGACACGUCCUCUAGAGAAGAAGGCUCAUCAAGUGAUAAUGCCCCAGUGUCUUAUUUUGUCCCUGACUAUGUGCUUCAGAAAAGCAUGUAUACUUCUCAGAAAAGUACAGAUGGCUUGGAGAAAGAGAAAAUUAAAAGUGGUGGGUCCCUUAAUGAAGAUGAAGUGGUAGAAAAGGAGCAGAUGAACAGCUUGAAUGAUCAAGAUGACAAUUCUUCAGCCACUAAGGUUAAAGAGGCUUCCAGUAAAGGUAGAAAGCUGGGAGCUGUUUCAAGAUCUUCUAGUAGGAAAGAAAUCAAUUCUCUCAACAAAAAAGCAGCUAAAAGUUUGUCAGAAGUUGAGGACUCAGAAGAAUAUUAUGUGAAGGGUGAAGAGGAGGAUGAAGAUGGAGAGGAUGAGGAGGAUGAGGAUGAUGACAUGGAGUAUUUCUUUCAAGAAACCCUUCCAUAUGGCAUUUUGACACCAAAUAAAGGAAGCUUCUACCAAGUUGGCCGGAGAGUGCUUUGGAAACCACCUAAAAAUGCUGUACCAGCACAGUUAAUUAGCUGGCCUGCUCAAGAGAAAAUGAAAACUAGGAGUGGGCUUGUUGAAAAUAUUGGUGUAGUUUACAAGCCAAAGGAGAGAGAACAAGAUGAAGUUGUAUAUAGCGACUAUGGGUAUUACGGAAGAAAGAGGCCUAUGACAAGAAGAGAAGGACUUGAGCACCAGCGAAUGCUACGGAAAUUCUUGGGAGGAAGGCUGCUAAGGGAGACCGUGGGGAUGCUGCCUGAAGAGUAUUGGAUUAGAAGUGGUGCUAAACCCAAAUUCAGUAGCCAAAUAUAUGGUAGUCUCUCACCUCCAGCCAAGAGCAAAGACCAAGGAUGCCCACCUUUGGUUAAACCAAAGAAGAAAAGAAUAGGCAAGCCACCUUCAAAACGCAGGGACACAAGACUUGAGGUGGAAGAAGUAGUGUGGGAGAUGCCUAAAUACAGUAUACACCAAGGUCGUGGAACAAAAAAGUCCCUCUGUAAGAGAAGAUAAUUGCAAAUAUUGGGGCAGGAGGGGGGAAAAAUGUAUCAAAGGUUUGUUUUGCAUAAUCCAAAUUUCAAUUAUUAUUGUAUAUUUUGUAAGUUGCUCUGCACUCUUAAGGGGUAAGAAGUGACACUGUAAAGACUGAGGAUGCUAUGAAAAUGGAAUUAAAUAUUUAACACCAGUCACCUUUUUAUAACUAGCACAUCCACUAUUUAAGUAAUAAAUUUCAUAGAAUUGCA